UAGCGUUAACUGCGAGGAUCUGCCGUCUGCUUUACACUCCCAAGUGCCCCAAAAACUCAUCUUCUUCAAAUCACCACCAAACAUGGCUGCUGUAGCAUCAUCAAGCCUGAUUUCUCCUCUUCAUUCUCCUUCCCAUGGUAAAAAAGACUAUGACUGUCCUCCCAUUUCUACUUCUUUUGUUCCCAGGUUUAGAGAUUCCCAUUUAUCUAAGCCUAAACCUACACUGAAACGCUCAAGGAAUGCUUCAGUUCUUCCUCUAAUCAGAGCCCAAAACGCUCCUGUUGAUUAUACCCCCGGCGCAGAAUUUUAUAAAGUUGAGGCGAUUAUAAGACCAUGGCGAGUUCAGCAGGUUUCUUCGGCUCUUCUUGAAAUGGGUAUUCGUGGUGUUACGGUCUUUGAUGUUCGAGGCAUUGGUGCUCAAGGUGGUUCAACAGAGAGACACGGAGGCUCAGAAUUUUCCGAAGACAAAUUUGUUGCUAAAGUCAAGAUGGAGAUUGUGGUGAGCAAGGACCAGGUGGAAUUCGUGAUAGACAAGAUGAUUGAGGAAGCAAGGACCGGUGAGAUUGGUGAUGGCAAGAUUUUCUUGAUACCUGUAGCGGAUGUUAUAAGAGUUCGCACAGGUGAGCGCGGAGAUAAAGCUGAGAGGAUGACCGGAGGCCGUGCUGAUAUGUCGGCCACUACCUUGACCUAAGUUAUGAUAUCGAUGCCGCUGAUUAGUAGAGCAUCCACUGCCUGCUGCUGCAUGUUGUAGACAUAGAGAAGCUUAUGAUAAUACUUCCAUUCUUCUGUAUUAAUAUUUCCUGAUGCUGAAAUGAAUAAUUAAAAGAAAGGAUUUAACCA